UCUACAUAGUACAUGCAGCCCAUAAUGAAAAUUUUCAAAUUUGAUUAUAAUAUUUUUUUUCCAGUUGAAUUCAUGACGCAAACCUCUGUUUCGCGGUUUGAAUUUUGCUCGAGGACAUUGAAGAGGAAACGAAGGAGGGAGAAGAUCUCACCGGCGGCGACAGCGACGGAGGCCAGAGGAAGGCUCAAGAGGAAAAGUCAGGGUUAGGAUCCUUUUAAAAUAUUGCACUUGUGUCCUUGGUAUAGUUUCCUAAUUCCUUUUCUGGCCCCAAACUUCAGUAGAAGUCACUUUCGUCCUCGCAUUGUGGCUUGUAUGGAUUGGAGUCAAAUUAAGGAAGAAGAAUGAUGUCUCGAGUUUGAUUUAGAGUAAAUGCAGGACUGGGUAGUUACGUGAAACAUCAGCAAACCGGUCUGUCUCCAUUUGGAAAUGAGUGGUUCUUUGCAUUGAAGGACCUACUUCAUUGAUGAUGUUUGCUGCCAUGGGUUGACUUGGCUUCAUCUCUUCUGCCCAAUAGAUAAAUGAUAUGAUCCAUUUAUUCCACAUCUCUUGAUUUUGUUCACAGACAAAACAAAGAUCAUGUCUCCUCCUAGGAUUGUUUCCUUACAACAAGUUCUUCUUGUGCUGCUCUUCGUUUUGUCUCUGUGUACAGAAAGCUCUGAUGCCAAAUUCAGUUUUGUGGGCUCUGCAUAUGAAGAUGCAAGUGGGUUUACUAGAUUGACGAACACCAAGAAGCACGUGUAUGGUCAAGCCUUCGAGCAACAACCUUUGGCUUUCAAGAACUCAUCCUCUAAUGCUACUGCAACUUCUUUCACUGUUAAUUUCUUCUUUGCAAUCGCUCCUGAGAAGAAAAAAUGCGGAUCCCAUGGAAUGGCUUUUGUGAUCUCUCCGACCAAAGGCAUACCCGGGGCUUUUCCUGAUCAGUAUCUCGGUGUUUUCAAUGAUACAAACAACGGGAAGAGCUCAAACCAUGUUAUCGCUGUGGAGCUUGAUAUUCACAAAGACGACGAAUUUGGUGACAUUGAUGACAACCACGUUGGUAUCAAUAUAAAUGGUUUAAGAUCUGUGAAAUCUGCUCCUGCUGGUUACUACGACAAAGAUGGUAACUUCAGGAACCUUUCUCUGAUCAGCGAAACUUUGAUGCGACUUUCGGUCAUAUAUAGUCAGCCAAAGAAAGAGCUUCGUGUUACCCUAAGCCCCGUAGAGAUGGUUACUCAACCCGAGAAACCGCUUUUAUCUCUGAACCAAGAUCUUUCUCCCUAUUUGUUGGAUGAAAUGUAUGUUGGCUUCUCUGCUUCAACUGGGUCAGUUGGAACGAUCCACUAUAUCUGGGGUUGGCACAUCGACCUAGGCAUCGAAUAUCGUCCUAGAUUAGAGCUUAACCUAUUACCUGUCGUUCCUCCAUAUCCGAGGAAAGCGUCUGAAUCAACACGCAAAAUUAUGGUGGUGUGUUUAUCAUUCUCUAUGUUUGUUGCUCUUGUUGCCUCUGCUCUAGGCAUCUUCCUCUAUUUGAGGCACAAGAAGGUUAAGGAAGUUCUAGAGGAAUGGGAGAUUCAAUAUGGACCUCACAGGUUCUCUUUUAAGGAACUCUUCAAGGCCACAAAGGGUUUCAAGGACAAACAACUUCUCGGCAAGGGAGGCUUUGGUCAGGUCUACAAGGGCACCCUACCUGGCACUGAUGCGGAAAUCGCUGUUAAACGGAUAUCUCAUAAUUCAAAACAAGGCAUGAGGGAGUUCUUAGCAGAGAUAUCAACCAUUGGCCGCCUCAGACACCCGAGCUUAGUCAGGCUUCUUGGUUAUUGUAGGCAUCAGUCCUUACUCUACUUAAUUUAUGACUUUAUGCCCAAUGGUAGCCUUGACAAGUUCCUCUACCCCAACCCGGGUCAGGAGCAUAUCACUUGGGAUCAACGAUUCAAGAUCUUAAAAGAUGUGGCGUCGGCACUCUUUUAUCUGCACCACCAAUGGGUACAAGUCAUCAUUCACCGAGACAUCAAACCAGAAAAUGUCCUGAUCGACCUCGAGUGGAAUGCAAGGCUUGGAGAUUUUGGACUGGCCAAGUUAUACGAACAGGGGUAUGAUCCUCAAACAACGUAUGUAGCCGGCACAUUCGGAUACAUGGCACCCGAGCUUGUAAUAACUGGAAAAGCAACCACAGGAACAGAUGUGUAUGCCUUUGGGCUGUUUAUGCUGGAAGUUGCUUGUGGAAGAAGGCCGAUAAUGCCUCGAGCACCCCCCAGAGAGAUUUUUCUUGUGGAUUUGAUAUUAGAUUGUUGGGAAAAGACAGACAUUCUCGAGGCAGUUGAUGAAAGACUCCGUCAAGAACUUAACAGGGAACAACUUGAGCUGGUUCUGAAGCUUGGGAUCCUCUGUGCACACGGAGUUCCCGCAGCCAGGCCUGCCAUGUCUUCCGUUAUCCGGAUCUUGGACGGAGUUACACAGCUGCCAAACAACCUGCUUGAUAUCCUCAAGGUUGGGAGAUAUGAAGGUUGGUCUGAUACAUCUGAGGAAGUUCUUGAUGUUGUGAGUAUGCAAAGUUCCCUGACGUUAACCGAACCUUUCACAUCCCGUGGGCGAUGAAUUCUGAUCGAAUUCUGCAAAGUAAAUCAGAAUUUGUUGGUUAUGUGGUUAUCUCUGGUAUAGUGUGAUCGGUAUUUGUAUAGAUUCUAGGACUAUUAGCCUGUAAUAGCAAUGAAAUAGUGUGUAUAUAUAUAUAUAUAAUAAAAAAAGUGCAUGCAUAGAUUCUAGGACUACGUCGCAUAUAUGACUACGACAUAGUCAUGGUUUUUAUGUAAAAAUAUUCAUAUCAAAAUUGUAAUAUAUAUCAGGGACAAUUCCAUU